CCUCGGCUCGUCAGUCGCAGUAGUUGUUAUUUGUCGUAGCAGCGCGAGUGCGGAAACGCACAAUCCUCGCCGUGUUAGAGCUAGCGUAGGCGUGCUUUUGCGGCCCCGAAUGGAGUGAGCCGGCCCCCGGGGCCCAGCAGCGAUCCCUAGAGUCCCCGCGGAGCAUGCGGAGGUGGUAGCCGCCCCCGAGAUGCCGCCGCCGCACCACGAGGCCUUCGAGCUGUCCAGCCAUCCGCCCCACUUGGAUGAGGACGAGCAGACGUCGGUGGCGUCGCAGGGCGGAGGCGUGGGCGGAGCGCGGGCGGCGCGGCGCGUGUGGCUGAACCGGACCAACUGGCCGCCGCCGGUGGAGCAGCAGGACGCGGUGGACGGGACGGCUGGACCGGUGGCGCCGCAGGAGCAGCGCUUCUGCUCCAACUACGUGUCGACGGCCAAGUACAGCGUCGUCUCCUUCCUGCCCUGCUUUCUCUACGAGCAGUUCCAGCGCUACUCCAACUGCUUCUUCCUCCUCAUCGGCCUCCUGCAGCAAAUCCCGGACGUCUCGCCCACCGGACGCUACACCACCAUCGUGCCCCUCUUCUUCAUCCUCUUCAUCUCCGCCAUCAAAGAAAUCAUUGAAGACUUUAAACGACACAAGGCUGACAACGAGACAAACAAGCGCAAAGUGGAGGUGUUCAGGUCGCCAGGGUCGUGGCAAUGGGUGCGUUGGCGGGACGUGGAGGUGGGCGACGUGGUCAAAACAAAAAACGAAUCCUUCUUCCCCGCCGACAUGGUGCUCCUGUCCUCCAGCGAGCCUCAGGGCAUGUGUUACAUCGAGACGGCCAACCUGGACGGCGAGACGAACCUCAAGAUCCGGCAGGGUCUGGCGGUGACCUCGUGUCUGCUGGAGACGACGCAGCUGGACCGCUUCGUGGCCAGCCUCGACUGCGAGCCGCCGCACUUCAACCUCUACGACUUCAGCGGCCGGCUCAACCUGCGCGACAGACCCGCCCUGGCCCUGGGCCCUGAGCAACUGCUGCUGCGCGGCGCCAAGCUCAAGAACACCAACUGGGUGUUCGGCUUGGUCGUCUACACGGGCGUCGACACCAAGCUCAUGCAGAACUCCAACAAGGCGCCGCUCAAGCGCUCCACCCUCGACAAGGUCACCAACUCUCAGGUUCUCAUUUUAUUCGGCCUUCUCGUCGGCCUCUGCUUUGUCAGCGCUGUUUUCAACGCCAUCUGGAACAGUGUCAACGCGGAGAAACACAUCUACCUCGCCAUUGGUGACGUGGUGUCCACGAAUUUCGUGUACAACCUGCUCACCUUCAUCAUCCUCUACAACAACCUGAUCCCCAUUUCGCUGCAAGUGUCUCUGGAGGUCGUGCGCUACUUUCAGGCAACGUUCAUCAACGAGGACCAGGAAAUGUUUCACGCCGAGUCUGGCACGCCGGCCGCGGCCCGCACCUCCAACCUGAACGAGGAGCUCGGCCAGGUCAAGUUCAUCUUCACCGACAAGACCGGCACCUUGACGUGCAACGUCAUGCGCUUCAAAAAGUGCACCGUGGCCGGUCAGGUGUUUGAAGCCGGUGACCAGCUCGACCUGACGCACCCUGACGCGGCUCAGGUGUGCCAGUUCCUCACGCUGCUCGCCGUCUGCCACACCGUCAUCCCUGAGCGGGACAAGGACACCAUUCUCUACCACGCCGCGUCGCCAGACGAACGGGCGUUGGUAGAGGGCGCGCGCGAGUUUGGCUUUGUGUUCGAAACUCGCGAGCCGGAAAGCGUGACGGUGCGCGUGCUGGGCGAGCAGCAGCGCUACGAGAUCCUGCACGUGCUCGAGUUCACGAGCAACCGCAAGCGCAUGUCGGUGGUGGUGCGGACGCCGUCAGGGCGGCUGCAGCUGCUGUGCAAGGGCGCCGACUCGGUCAUCUUCGAGCGGCUGCGCGACCGCUCCGACUGCGAAAUCACCCUGCGCCACCUCGAGGAGUUCGCCACCGAGGGCCUCCGCACCCUCUGCUGCGCCGUCGCAGACAUCAGCCACGCCCACUACGAGGAAUGGAAGCACACGUAUCACAAAGCAGCAACCGCGCUGCACGACCGCGAACUGCGGCUCGAAGAGGCUGCCGACCUGAUCGAAAUCAACAUGCGACUGCUCGGCGCCACGGCCAUCGAGGACAAGCUCCAGGACGGCGUGCCGGAGGCGAUCGCCCAGUUCCUCAAGGCGGACAUCCACGUGUGGAUUUUGACGGGAGACAAGCAGGAAACGGCCAUCAACAUUGGCUACUCGUGCCGUUUGCUCACGCCGGGCAUGAACAUCCUCAUCCUCGACCAGGGCAGCCUCGAUAACACGCGGGACAAGAUCAACGAGUACACGCAGCGAAUCAUGCGUGAGGGGAGCGGAGGCGAGACGUCGCGCGACUCUGAAUUUGCGCUGGUGGUGGACGGCAAGACGCUGACGUACGCGCUGUCCUACGACCUGUGUCGCGAGUUCCUGGCGCUGUGCACCAGCUGCCGGUCGGUCGUGUGCUGCCGCGUGUCGCCGCUGCAGAAGGCCGAGGUCGUCGGCAUGGUCACCACGCACACGGCCCACAUCACGCUCGCCAUCGGAGACGGCGCCAACGACGUCGCCAUGAUCCAGAAGGCCAACGUCGGCAUCGGCAUCUCGGGGCAGGAGGGUCUCCAGGCCGCCUGCGCCUCCGACUACUCCAUCGCCCAGUUCCGGUUCCUGGCGCGUCUGCUGUUUGUGCACGGCGCGUGGAACUACGCGCGCAUGAGCAAGCUGAUCCUGUACAGCUUCUACAAGAACAUCUGCCUGUACGUGAUCGAGUUGUGGUACGCCAUCUACUCGGGCUGGUCGGGCCAGAUCCUGUUUGAGCGCUGGACCAUCGGCUUCUACAACGUGCUCUUCACGGCGGCGCCACCGCUCGCCAUGGGCCUCUUCGACCGCGCCUGCAGCGCCGACGCGAUGACGAAGUACCCGCUGCUGUACAAGAGCUCGCAGCUGGGCAGCGCAUUCAACCGCAACGUGUUCUGGCUGUGGAUCUUCAACUCGCUGUUCCACUCGGUGCUGCUCUUCUGGCUUCCGCUGCUCGCCUUCGAAAGCGACGUCGUCUGGAGCAACGGCCGCGACGGCGGUUACCUAGUCCUCGGAAACACCGUCUACUCGUACGUGGUGAUGACGGUGUGUCUGAAAGCGGCUCUAGUCACGCACUACUGGACCUGGGUCACGCACCUCGCCAUUUGGGGCUCCAUCGUCGCCUGGUUCAUCUUCGUCGUCAUUUACAGCAACUUCUGGCCUUUGGUGCCCGUUGGCGCCGUGAUGGCCGGCCAGGACCGGAUGGUCUUCUCGUCGCCCGUCUUCUGGCUCGGCCUGGUGCUGAUCCCGUUCACGGCGCUGCUACCCGACACCUCGGUCAAAAUAGGCGUGCUGUGGACCAACAAGAGUCUGGAGGAGAGCGUGCGCGAAACGGAGGUGCGCAACCGCGACCCGAGCCGCAUCAUGCAGAAGGAGCGCAGCAGACUGACGGAAACGGCGCGCCUGCUCAAGAACGUCAAGAACGUGUUCCGCCGUGGGCCGCACAGUUCCAACCUCGAGGUGGAACUUUCGCACGGUUAUGCGUUUUCGCAAGAGGAGCACGGCGCGGUGCCCCAGUCUGAGGUGAUUCGCGCGUACAACACAAACCUGCCUAAGCCCGAGGGCAUGUGACCUUUGACCCUGUGAUCUCAUUACUCUAGAUCUUAUCCAGUUAAUUAUUGUUAAACACACACUCUCACACA